AUGGCGGACGAAGGCAAGUCCGUGGCGAAGGUGAUCGACGGCAAGGCCAUCGCGAAGCAGAUCCAUGGCGAGGUGGCUGAGGGGGUGGCCAAACUGAAAGAGGCCACUGGGAAGGUCCCAGGGCUGGCUGUGAUUAUAGUGGGGGAGCGCAAGGACUCGCAGACGUACGUGCGGAUGAAGGUGAAGGCGUGCCAGGAGGUGGGGAUCGCGUCAUUUGAAGGGAAGCUUCCUGGCGAUGCCAGCCAGGAUGACGUCAUCGCUGCAGUCAGAGAGUUCAACGCCAACCCUGACGUGCAUGGCAUUCUGGUUCAGCUGCCCCUGCCGGCGCACAUCAGUGAGGAGGCGGUGCUGGCUGAGGUGGCGCUGCCCAAGGACGUGGACGGCUUCCAUCCAAUCAACAUCGGCCAGCUGGCGAUGAAGGGGCGCCACCCGCAGUUCGCCCCGUGCACUCCCGAGGUGGGGAAGGGUGGCGUGCAGAUCAGUGGGCAGCGGGCGGUGGUGAUUGGCCGCAGCAACAUCGUGGGCAUGCCCGCUGCGAUGCUAUUGGUGGAGAGGGACGCCACGGUUACCAUAGUGCACUCGAGGACCAAGGAGCCCAAGGAGAUCGUGAAGCAGGCGGACAUUGUGAUCGCUGCCAUUGGGAAGGCCCAAAUGAAACCCAAGCGGAUCGUGAAGCAGGCGGAUAUUGUGAUUGCUGCCACUGGGAAGGCUCAGAUGGUGAAGGCGGACUGGUUGAAACUGGGGUGUGCAGUGAUCGACGUGGGGAUCAAUGCAGUGGACGACGCAAGCAAGAAGGCGGGGUACCGGCUGGUGGGGGAUGUGGACAAUGAGGGGGGCAGGGAGGUCAAAGCCGACUGGUUGAAGGCGGGGUGUGCAGUGAUUGACGUGGGGAUCAAUGCAGUGGACGAUGCGAGCAAGAAGGCGGGGUACCGGCUGGUGGGGGAUGUGGACUAUGAGGGGGCCAGGGAGGCUCUCACACAACCACCCGCCUCCUCGCUUCCUCCCCUCUUAUUCCCCUCUCCUUCACCUCUCUUCCCUCUCCUUCACAUUUCUUCCAUCUCCUUUCCCCCUCCCUUACCCUAUCUUUCACCUCUCUUGCCCUCUCUACCCCACCAGGUAAAGGCGGACUGGUUGAAACCAGGGUGUGCGGUGAUCGACGUGGGGAUCAAUGCGGUUGAUGAUGCGAGCAAGAAGGCAGGGUACCGGCUGGUGGGGGAUGUGGACUAUGAGGGGGCCAGGGAGGUGGCCGGGUCAGGGGCACUUGCUGAGCUGGCACCUGUGGAGGUGGCGCUUGCUGAGGUGGCACUUGCUGAGCUGGCGCCGGCUUGA